AGUAUACGAGGUUAAAUUUGAAAUUUUUUAUCACUAUAUAUAGACAAAUAUUUUGCCCCACCAUACCGGCUCUCUCUCAAAAUAUGAAUGACAUGCAAUCACAUAACAUCAGUGGAGAGAGCACAAAACCAUACAUUCUGAAAAAAUGCAUUGCCCUUUUGCUUUCAUGUGCCUCUUCAACUUACAAAUUCAAGCAAGUACAUGCAUUUUCCAUCAGACGUGGCAUCCCUUUGUCAAGCCCAGAAAUGGGCAAGUACUUGAUUUUCUCUCUAGUUUCCCUUUCAGGUCCGAUGCGCUACGCCCAGAAAAUCUUUAAUCAAAUUCAAUUUCCAAAUAUCUUUACUUGGAAUACAAUGAUUAGAGGUUAUGCUGAGAGUGAAAACCCGUAUCCAGCUAUUGAAAUACACAAUAAAAUGUGUGUGAAUUCUGUUGCACCUGACACACAUACAUACCCUUUUGUGUUAAAAGCUAUUGCGAAGGUGAUUGAUGUUAGGGAAGGAGAAAAAGUGCAUUGCGUUACUAUUAGAAAUGGGUUUGAAUCGUUGGUGUUUGUUCAGAAUUCCUUGGUUCAUUUCUAUGGAGCUAUUGGUCAAGCAGAGGAUGCACAUAAGGUGUUUGAGGAAAUGUCUGACAAGAAUCUUGUGGCUUGGAAUUCAGUGAUUAAUGGGUAUGCUUUGAAUAGUCGACCUAAUGAAACGUUGACCCUUUAUAGGAGAAUGGUUUUUGAGGGUGUCAAGCCUGAUGGGUUUACUUUGGUUAGUUUGUUGACUGCUUCUGCUGAGCUUGGUGCUUUGGCUUUGGGUAGAAGGGCGCAUGUGUUUAUGUUGAAGGUGGGAUUGGAUAAGAAUUUACAUGCUGCAAACGCCCUUUUGGAUCUUUAUGCUAAAUGUGGGAAUGUAAAAGAGGCAGAGCAAGUUUUUGAUGAGUUGGAGGAGGAUAGUGUAGUUUCUUGGACCUCUUUGAUUGUAGGUUUGGCUGUUAACGGGUUUGGUGAGAGAGCACUUGAGCUUUUCAAGGAAAUGGAAAGAAAAGGAUUUGUUCCUACUGAGAUCACAUUUGUUGGGGUGUUAUAUGCCUGUAGCCAUUGUGGUUUGGCGGACAAAGGCUUUGCUUACUUUGAAAGGAUGCAAAAGGAGUUCGGAAUUAAGCCUAAAAUUGAACACUAUGGCUGCAUGGUUGAUUUAUUAGGAAGGGCUGGUUUAGUGGAAAAGGCGUACAAGUAUAUUACAGACAUGCCAUUGCAACCCAAUGCGGUGAUUUGGCGAACAUUACUCGGUGCCUGCUCAAUACAUGGUCAUUUAGCUCUAGCGGAGAUGACCAGAAAUCACCUUAAGCUGUUAGAACCUAAACAUUCUGGAGAUUAUGUGCUCCUUUCGAACCUUUAUGCAGCCGAAAGGCGAUGGUCAGAUGUGCAUAAACUGAGGAGAACAAUGCUUAAAGAAGGGGUAAAGAAAGUCCCCGGGCAUAGUCUCGUUGAGUUGCGUAAUCGUGUGCAUGAAUUUGUUAUGGGAGAUAGAACCCAUCCUAAAACUGAGGCUAUAUAUGCUAUGCUUGCGGAAAUGACUAGAUUGUUGAGAUUGGAAGGUUAUGUCCCUCAUACAUCAAAUGUGCUUGCUGACAUAGAGGAAGAGGAGAAGGAGACUGCUUUGGCUUACCAUAGUGAAAAAAUUGCAAUUGCAUUCAUGUUGAUUAGUACACCGCCUGGGACCUCUAUUAGAAUUGUGAAGAACUUAAGGGUCUGUGCUGAUUGCCACCUUGCCAUAAAACUAAUAUCGAAGGUCUUUGAUCGCGAGAUAGUUGUUAGAGAUCGUAGCCGGUUUCACCAUUUCACCAAUGGAUCUUGCUCUUGUAAAGAUUAUUGGUAAAACGUAAUUGUGGGAUUGGAACUGGAACUUUACGUGAGUUGCUGAAAUCAGAACGUGUCCUUUUGGAAAUAUAAAAAUCGAUGAAAACUACUGCAUUCUACUCAAGGAGAAGUUACCAAAAACAAGACGCUAAUAUCUAGUCCGUUGCUUGAUGGGCAGUUUGAAAACAAUUAAUGCAACUCUAUGCUUUCUGUGGAAGAAAUAUUCCUCAACCCCCUUCUACACUGUUUUAUGUAUCGUUUUAAGAGGAUCAUCCUGGGUGUCUAUACAACUCUUGAGAGGAUUAGCUACCUUUGUAAUAACAAAAAGCGAGGUACCUGACCCUAAGCAAAAGGGAUUCAAUCUGACGAGUAAGUCCUUCAGUUUCACCAAAACCCUUUAAUAACUUCAGAUGAUUGCACUUUCAUUUCAGCUGAUUCCUUUCAAAACCUGUUGAUACACAUUCCACUUCAAGUUGCCAGUUACCUACAUGGAUCCUCAAAUUUUGUGCACUAAAUAAAGAAAUAUCUUUUUAAGUGUCUUUGAAGCCCAACAUGCUCCCACAACAGCAAGACGCAAGAUCAGGAAGUGGAUGGUGUGUGAUUUUUGAAGAAACUACUUUGACUUGGAAGUAACUAGCAUGGCUCAACUAAUUCUGGAGUUGGGCAGAUCAAGACGCUUAGGAAUCUCUGGAAAUGGACCAGCAGUAUCCACAUCACAGUCAACUCAUACUACAGAGUACUUAAUGACGGUGAAUCUAGCUCUGCACAAUGGCCAUGGAGUAUGAUCUGGAAACUAUGGCUGAAUACAAAGUGGGUUGCUUCAGUUGGUUGUUGAUGCAUGAUGCAUGUUUGACUAAUGGCGGCAUAGCUCUAGAAACCAGACAGAGAUCAUUCAUGGCGUGGGCAAAAUUUCUUGGUUUCUUGUUUUGAUGAUCUAUGUUUGCUCCUCUUUUCUGUGUUGCAGAGAGAACCAAUUACAUGCUCUUGGAGUUCUCCAAGUGGCAUUGCUCCAUCAUUGAUUCCAUCAAAAUAGCUACCCUCUUUCUGAUGGCCAACAUUCUAGGCUACUUUAUUCCUAUGGUUCUUGAAGCUCAACCCGUCUUCUGGCCAGAAUAUGCUUGCUUUAGGGAUCAUGAUAUGCCUGAAAUCCCACAAAAAGGUGGAAGGAAUGUAUUGUGAGGGGACGGAUUCAGUUCUUCAAUGUGCAACAGGAAACUCGUUUGGGGCUAUUUAUUUCAAUCAAUUUGUCAGCUAAUCCUAGAAGGGGAGCAACUGGUAAAGUUGCUGCCAUGUGACCAGGAGGUCACGGGUUCGAGCCGUGGAAACAGCCUCUUGCAGAAAUGCAGGGGUUUAUUCCGGUCAUGGCACACAUGUAGCCUCCAUUGCUGCUGGAAAGUAUGCUCAAUCUGCUCUGUACUACGGAUAUGCCAAAGGAUCAGCAAGAGGAGUUGCCCCACAUGCUAUGCUGGCUGUUUACGAGGUGACCUGGACAGAAGGAAGCCAUACUUCUAAUUAUCUUUCUGGUAUGGAUCAGGAUGUUGCAAAUGGUGUUGACAGAAUAUCCAUUUCUCUUAGGUAUUGAUUACUCCAUAAUAUGAAAAGAUUCUAUAGCAAAUGCCUCUUUUGGUGCCCUGCUGAAAGGGGUCUUAGUUUCUGCUGCAGCGAGAAUGGUACCAUGCAUGUUAGUCUAGGUGCCUGGCCUUCUACUAUAUGUGCAACUGGCAACUGGACCGGCAUAGAAUUAGAAUAUCAUCAUGCUGCUGAAUUGCUGCCAUGCCAAAAGUUGCAACCAGAUUGGAGUCCAUCAGCUAUUAGGUGUGUUAUGAUGACCACCAUGAAGGUGUGAACCAUUUAGGCAGUACUUCAAACCCCAUCGUUGAUGCGGCAACAAUAGCCCAGCAACGCCAUUAGGCAGCAGAGCAGGACAUGUUGAUUUGAAUCGUGCUGUGGAUCCAGGAUUAUUAAUAUAUGAUGCUACUUCUCAUGACUGUGUGAAUCUUCUAUGCUCCAUGUAACCAUUGCAAGAUUAUCAGUUAGCUACAACUGCUCAAAUCCAUCUUCUGAUCAUAAUUACCCAUAAUUUAUUGCCUUAUAUGUGUGUAGCCUAAAGAGGGAAACUUCCCUUGGGUGGUGGAAGUGCCCAAGAAUUGUACAAUAUCAGUAUACUCACAAGUUGUUGUAUUUUUUUAUUUGAACUUUGUAAUUUUUAUUUCACUUGCCUUUAAUUUAGAAAAUAAGAAAGAAUAUAGAUACAACAAGGUAUGACA